UAAGAGUGUUAUAUAAAGAGAGAACCACCUUUCUUCUUUCUUUGCUGAUUUCAUUUCACAAUACUAUACCCAAUGGGGAGAUCACCUUGCUGUGACAAAGUGGGGUUGAAGAAAGGACCAUGGACACCUGAAGAAGAUCAGAAACUCUUAGCCUACAUUGACGAACAUGGCCAUGGAAGCUGGCGUGCCUUGCCGGCGAAAGCCGGUCUUCAAAGAUGUGGGAAGAGCUGCAGGCUUAGAUGGACUAAUUAUCUAAGGCCUGAUAUUAAGAGAGGAAAGUUUAGUUUGCAAGAAGAACAAAUUAUCAUUCAACUCCAUGCCCUUUUAGGGAACAGGUGGUCUGCUAUAGCCACUCACUUGCCAAAGAGAACAGAUAACGAGAUAAAAAACUACUGGAAUACUCAUCUCAAGAAAAGGUUAGCUAAAAUGGGGAUUGAUCCAAUCACUCACAAGCCAAAAAGUGAUGCUUUACUCUCCACUGAUGGUCAAUCCAAGCAUGCAGCAAACCUUAGCCAUAUGGCUCAGUGGGAGAGUGCUAGGCUUGAAGCUGAAGCUAGAUUGGCUAGAGAAUCAAAGCUACGUUCACAUUCACUUCAACAUCAGCUGGGUCCUCCAGGUUUUGCUCCUUCAGGUUCUGCGUCUACUUCAGCUGCUCAGCUUGUGAAUAAGACAGCUUGGAAUAGUACUACUGGCUGGACUAAAUCCAGUGAAGGUAAUAGUGCUGUUUUAAACACUGGACUUGGUGGUGCUGCUAACCUUGAAUCUCCUACAUCAACACUUACUUUCUCAGAAAAUGCUCGACCGAUCAUGAGCAAAGGGCUUGGAGUGAGUUCAAUGCCAGUGAUUGAGUUUGUUGGCACUACUUCAGGUUCAUCCGAGGCCGGAAUCAUCAAAGAAGAAGGUGAACAAGAAUGGAAAGGCCUUGGAAGUUCAACUAAUUUGCCUGAUUACAAAGAGGGUAUUGAGAAUUCUCUAUCGUUCACUUCUAGCCUCCAUGAUAUGACAAUUUCCAUGGAAGGGGGAUGGACUCCAGAGUCUUUAAGGCCAAAUAGCAGUCAUAUUGAUGUUGCGAAUGUAAUGGAGGAAGGCUUCACUAAUCUUCUUCUUAAUGAUUCUACCGACAAGAGUUUAUCAGAUAGUGGCAAAGAAUCUGAUGAAAACAGUGGAGGCAGUGGUGAUGGCAGUGAUUACUAUGAAGAUAACAAGAAUUAUUGGAACAGCAUUCUUAAUUUGGUGAAUUCUUCCCCAUCAGAUUCACCAAUGUUCUAA